GCAAACGUUAUUUGAAUUCGCUUUCAACAUGCAAAAACAAAUAAAAAUUAACGAAAAAUAAACAAGACACUAUGUGAAAAUGAUUAACAACCGGCAGCUCUGCGGAUAAUGAUAUGAAUAAUGAACUCGUAUUGGACAAGCAUGGAAUGGCCAAAGUCGUUGGCUGUGGCUACUUUCCUGCUACUUAUAUUGGUGACCGUAAUUGGCAAUAUGCUCGUAAUAUUAGCUGUUUUGACCACCCGAAGGCUUCGAACGGUUACAAAUUGUUUUGUGAUGAGUUUAGCUGUGGCUGAUUUACUUGUCGGCAUUUUUGUUAUGCCGCCGGCAGUAGCUGUACACGUCAUUGGCUCAUGGCAACUUGGCCUGGUGCUGUGCGAUAUUUGGAUAUCCUUCGAUAUAUUGCUAUGCACGGCAUCCAUUCUUAGUUUGUGUGCCAUCAGCUUGGACAGGUAUCUCGCAGUGACACAACCGUUGACAUAUUCGAAAAAGUGGCGUUGCAAACGAUUGGCAUUGUUAAUGAUUCUUGGAGUUUGGCUACUCGCCUUCGGUAUUACCUGCCCACCGAUGCUCGGCUGGUACGAGCAUGGCAGGAAUCGCAAUAAGGGGGACUCGGUUGAAUGUCGCUAUAAUCAAAAUAAAGGAUAUGUUGUUUACUCGGCGAUGGGUUCAUUUUUUAUACCACUCACAGUGAUGUUAUAUGUUUACGUACGGAUUGGUUAUGUCCUCACAUCACGUCGACAGCGAAUUGUACGCGAUGCAAACUCGGAACGCACAGCUGACCAUGAUGCAGAUACCGAUGGCCAUUUUAUGUCGGAAUCUGAAGUGUAUCGUUGCAAUCAACACAAAUGUUUGCCAUGCUGUGAAGCUCGCUGCAGCGUGAUGAGAACCCAUGCGAAUCCCAUAUUUAGUACCGGUAGCGUUAAGUGCCGCAAAUGUCAGGAGGCAAAGGCUAAUGAUAAGCGCAUGAAACUGAAACAUCAACCGACAUUCUAUGAACUAAUGGAAAUAUCACGAAUGUCCUCACUUAUUCAAUGCACAUCCGACAGCUGCAGAUUUCAUAAGCGGUGUGCUUCAUCUGUAUCCAUACCAACAAUGUAUUAUAAUGAUGGUCAAUCGAUUGGAGGCGCCACCUCUUUGGAAACGGUAAAUCAUAAUGUGGCCAAGAGGGCGUCAACAACAUCGCAUCAGCUGCAGCGACAAUUGGCCAAUCAUCGCGUUCCAAUGCGUGUCUCGACCAAAAUCAAAACCACCAAAGCAACUAAGACACUUACAAUUGUUAUGGGUGGACUGAUCGCAUGCUGGACACCAUUUUUCGUUUAUUACCUGCUGAUACCGUUUCUGCCGCAGCUAAAGAAAUUCGAGGGCCUUAUGUCCUUUUUCACUUGGGUCGGUUGGGUAAAUUGCGCUAUAAAUCCCUUCAUUUAUGCCUUUAAUCCGGAUUUCCGAGCUGCCUUCUGGCGCUUAACAUGUCGGCGCAUCUGCAAACAAAAACUGCCUCGAAAUCAUAUUAACAUGUUUCGAGCCUGAAGCGUUCAAAAAAUCCACAAUAAGAAGUGCUAGCCUUAAGCGUAUAUAUUAAUGUUUAUUUUUAGCACGUAUCAAAUAAAUCAAUUUAUUUAAAGCUUGUAUUUAUUUACCACUAAAAACCAUAAAUAUGUGUAACAAAAAAUGCUACUAUCCAAAUAGCCUGAAGAAGACAUAUCGGUUCAUUUAAACUAUGCAAUUGUAUAAAUAGAUAGUCUUAAUAGUCAUCAACAACUAAGUCAAACUAAAUAUUAUUAAAAUU